AUUAAUCACAAUGAAAAUUAUAAUUAAUCGUCGUUCUUACAGAGGAGUACACGUUUCUUGCCGUGGGAGAUGGCCUAGAUAGGCGUCUGUACGUUUUACCCGAAUAUCGUUCGGAAGGUUUACACUUUUCUGUGAAAGCUUGGGAACCGGAUAAUCCAGAUUCUGUCGUGUUUGUCUUUUUAGCUGAUGAUGGAUUAAAAUCGCGUUACAUCCUCAAAAUAGGAACGUCGAACAACGAAAAAGUACUUCUCUUUUACGAAUCGGAAACUACAGCAAUUUCCUUAGUCAAAAGGAAAACUCUGCCACAUUUGCUUUAUGUCGGAAAAUGGAGCAGCUUUAUCAUCCGUAUACCACGCGGACAAUUAUUGCUUUAUUACGAAGGCGAUCCUACACCAUUGUUCGAAUGGACUCAUCCCGAUCCUCCCAAUGCUUUCCUACCAAAGUAUUAUUAUUAUGGCAGCGAACAGUCAAAAGCUGUUGGCUUCGCGUUCGAUCGUGGAUCAAGUACGUUCACAAUUAAAGAAACGAACUAAAUAUUAUAAUUUCGCAUAAGUCCACGAAAAUCUGCAGUCUAUUAAUUAAUGUUAGUAAUGUUCUCGAGAAAUAUAGAGGCGAAUGUUUCAUAUCGGUACAUAGAAAUGUUUAAUGUUUUACAUGAAUAUCCUUUCAUAUUUUAAUCUAGAUACAAGUAUCAAGUUAAAAUAAAUAUAAAUGAUUCUUCAUACAAAUAGAUUGUCAUAUAGAAAACACGAGAACUGAUAAAUACACCAGAAUUCUAUCGUUAUCAACAUGGAUUGACAAAGAAAUAUUGCUUCCUCAACAAGUGACUCUUCAUCUUCGAGGGGAAGGUGCAGUUCAUUUCCCUUUCUACCUGAUGCCUGAGACUCCAGGAUGAAUAUUCAGUUUUCAUGCAGCAGGCUGCAUUGCUAUCCCAAAAUUGUACUCACGAUUUUCUGUAAGUUACACGCAAAGAUCUAUCGUUACCCAACGACGUUAAAUUCUUGUGAUAUACUAAUUUUAAUAAACACUAGAGCUUCCAGUAAACGUAAUUUACUGAUAUAUACUAUUUUAACAGAUAUUUUAUGCUCAAGCUUAAUGACCCAGAUUGUUGGAUAUUAUUCGCAAAAACUACGUACCCUACAGUGACGAUUUUCCACAAACAAAAAUCGCGUGUACCUUUAUUCACAAUGAAUUCAUGGACUAAUAUUACAAUAAGAUGGUCUGCAAAUACGAUGAACGUCUACUCCAACGCCACAAAUGUGUUUCAUUAUCAGCAUACCAGUCCUCUCAUAUUCUACUUCUUUUCCGUCGGCGUCGAUGCCAACAGCUGGGUUACUUGGUCUGUCAAUUGCGUUCCAACGGACAUAGAAGGACCAUCAGUUGAUGGAGGUUGGUCAGAAUGGGGACCAUGGGCAUGCAGCGUGAGCUGCAAUGGUGGUACAGGAAUUCGAAAACGACGUUGCGACUCGCCAACACCUAACAUCAGAGGAGAACCGUGUGUAGGACCGAGUAUAAUGACUGGACGUUGCAACGAAAUUCUUUGUGGCGAUAUAACCGAAGAUACGAUAAAAUUGAUAAAUCGAAGGAUUAGAAUGAACCACACGGCUCUUACUGCCAAAGAACAUCGUUCUAUCACAAUUAAAUCCGACUCGGAUAUCGUGCAGUUAAUUACUAAGGAAUCUCCUCGUUCCGAAUUACAAUGGUCCUUAAAUGGUGUCUUUGUAGAGAUAGAGCCUGAAAGAUUGGAGUUAAAAGAUUACAAUAUUGAGAUAAUGGAAGCGGUUCUAAAUGAUUCUGGCGUUUAUGCGAUGACACUACGUCGAAUCGAUGGAACGUAUUCGAUUAUCAAAGUGGUCACCUUGGCAGUAAUUCCAGCAGAGGAAACUAUGCAAAUAAGGGAAACUCUAGACACAACCAUACAAUGCCACUGUGCAAUCCUAGGACACAUUUAUUCGGAACUUGAAGUGUCUUGGUUAGUACGCAAUAAAACGUGGAAGAAUUAUGGCAUCACGCUUCCAAUGGCAGCCGAUGUUGAACACAUUACAAAAGUUAAUAAAACGCAUAACGGGAUGUGGCAAUGUGUCGUGAAGCAAAAUGACUUAAAUUUUGUAUGGAUAACAAAUAUGAUAUAUAUCAGAGGACCUCCAAAUUGGCGUACGCAUUUGAUGGAAGAUCAGGCAACGCGUUUCUUUUUUGGUUGGUUGCCAAAUGAAGAUUACGUCGGUGUUUUCGUAUUGGUUCUUUUUCUGAUUUUAGUCGCAGCUAUAAUCGUAGGAUCUUAUUAUUACAUAACCCAUAAUUUGGUGAUUAAAAACUUAAAUGAACAAAUAUAUCCUGCAAUUAGAAUUCGAGAAACCGCGAAACACAUAUUUGACCUGAAAAAUAUACCCAGAAGUCCAAGAGGCACACAAUAUGAACCACUGACGGACGAAAUGACUACCGAAGAUCAAGCGAUCACUGACGAUCAAAUAACUACCGACGACGAAGCGACUAUUGAAGAUGAAGUUACUGAAGAUCAAACGACUACCGAAAAUCAAGAAACUCCCAAACAUCAAGCGGCAAUCAAUGAUUAA